AGAAUUUCGCACAAGACCGGCCGUGUUUUGAAUGCGCACCGACAGAGGGCGUGGUCAGGAAGUGACAUAGCCGCCUCAUUAUACGGAGAAUCCUCGCCACUGUCCGGAGACUUGUAGGUUAGUCUCUUUGUGGUAUUUCUGUGCAAAGUUUCCCCAAUACUUUCCGGGACACCGCCGUGUGAAGCUCAGCAUGGGCGCCGUCCAUGCCAGGAGCCUAGACCCCCUGCCCAUGCAGGGGCCAGAAUUCGGAGUUCAAGCAGAUGACAUUGAAGCUCCUGGUGUUGAGCGGGAACCGAAGCAAGAAGUUCUUGAAAACAAAGAUGUUGUGGUUCAACGAGUGCACAUAGAUGGACUAGGAAGGACGAAUGAAGACAUUCUGACUUAUGAAAUUGCCGAAGUGUUCAAGGCAAAGAACUUGAUUGAUGUAAUGCGGAGGUCUCAUGAAGCCCGGCAGCGGCUUCUGCGUCUUGGUAUCUUCAGAAAGGUUGAAGUUGUUAUUGACACCACUCGAGGUGAAGAUGCUCUUCCAAAUGGCCUUGAUGUGACCUUUGAGGUCGCUGAGCUGAGACGCAUAACAGGCAGCUACAACACUAUGGUUGGAAAUAAUGAAGGAAGCAUGGUACUCGGCCUGAAGUUACCUAAUGUUUUUGGUCGGGCUGAAAAACUGAUAUUCCAAUUCUCUUAUGGUACUAAAGAGACAUCCUACGGCCUUUCCUUUUUUAAACCCCAACCAGGAAACUUUGAGAGAAGUGUAUCUGUCAACAUGUACAAAGUAACGGGUCAGUUUCCAUGGAGUUCGCUUAGAGAGACGGAUCGAGGCCUCUCCGCAGAGCUGAGUUUCCCUGUGUGGAAGACCAACCAAACCCUGAAGUGGGAAGGAGUAUGGAGAGAGCUGGGCUGUCUGGCUAACACUGCCUCUUUUGCUGUUCGUGAGGAGAGCGGUCAUUCGCUAAAGUCCUCCCUUUCGCACGCAAUGGUGAUCGACACCAGAAACUCUUCCAUCCUUCCCAGGAAAGGUGGCUUAUUGAAGAUUCAUCAGGAACUUGCAGGUUACACAGGGGGUGACGCAAGUUUCCUAAAGGAGGAUUUUGAAAUGCAGCUCAACAAAAAACUCUUCUGGGACUCUGUCCUGUCUGCCUCAUUGUGGGGUGGCUUGCUUCUUCCCUUUGGUGAAAAGCCGACAUGUAUAGCAGACAGGUUUUAUCUUGGUGGCCCCACUAGUAUCAGGGGAUUUAGUAUGUACAGUAUGGGCCCACAGAGUGAUGGGGACUACCUUGGUGGAGAGGCCUACUGGGCAGGCGGGCUCCACCUCUACACACCUCUACCCUUCAGACCUGGCCGGGGAGGCUUUGGUGAUCUCUUCAGAACCCAUUUCUUCCUCAAUGCUGGAAACCUUUGUAACCUCAACUAUGGUGAAGGGCCUUGCGCACAUUUAAGGAAACUGGCAGAAUGCAUCCGUUGGUCAUAUGGGCUGGGCAUUGUGCUACGUUUGGGGAACAUUGCCAGGCUGGAGUUAAAUUACUGCAUUCCUAUGGGAGUCCAGAGUGGAGACAGGAUAUGUGAUGGGGUCCAGUUUGGAGCAGGAAUCCGAUUCUUGUGA